CAGAUUUGCCAAAAACUUUGGUUUGCACAAACCCUAGAUUUACGCUCAGAAACCAUAGAAAUCAUUCUCCGAAAAACACCAUUUCGGUUUCAGAGCUCUCUGUAUACACCGCUUCGCAUUGAUCUGUGAGUGUUUUUGUGUUUUAUUUUUUGAUAGUGACUUCAAUUCCAUUGUGGGUUUCGAUUAGUUUGUAAUUGUGUUUAUGUAUAGUUGAUGUGUUUCAAAUUAUGGUGAUUUGUUUGUACCCAAUUGUGUUUGUUAUUGCCAGAAAAAAGAGAAUUUUUAUUGGGUUUUGAGUUUUAAGACUUAAUUGCAGUAGUUUUGUUGGUGGGUUGGUGUCAUUGGAUUAGUUUGAUGGAAACUUAGGAGUGCUUCUAUGUUUGGAGCUAAUUUGGUGAGCUGGGUCUGAAUUUGGAGUUGAAUUCAGGAUUGAGAAGAGGAAUUAUAUACAUUUGGGUGUGGAUGAGAGGUUAGGGGAGAUGAGAGAGGGAGUUGAGGGAUUGAGGGAAGAACAAUGACUACUGUGUUAUUGGGUCUUCGUAGUUCAGGAAGUUAUGGGUCAUUGCAACAACAGGUCCAAAACGGGUUGUUGGCAAUCCAAACAUCGCCGCCUCUUGCCUCUCGAAAGAAUUCCAAGAUGCUCAAAGAGAAGGAGAAUGUGUUUCAUUGGAUCUGCAAAUUUGCUGGCCGCAAGAAGGUUGGAAUGCUGCUCUUGUGUGUUGUUUCAGCUGCAGUUUUUGCAUGGGUACUGUAUGUUGGCAAAGGUGAAGAUGCACAAGAACGUGACCGUGUCCCAAGCAUUACACUUAAUAAGAGCAUUCCCUUGAGCUAUUCUAAAUCUUCGCCAAUACAUGGAGAGCACAAUAAUAAUAAUAAUAGCUUCUUUUCUUCUAUAAGGAAUAAUGUGGGAAGUAACGAAAGUAUAGCGCAGCCUCCUCUUCCUUCCCCUCUUUCUCCUCCACCUCCAUCUCCACUUCCUCUUUCUCAUCCUCCUCCUCCUGCAUAUUUUACCGGAUAUGCUCUUCCUUCAGGGAAUCCAUGUGAAAGUUUCACAUUGCCUCCUCCACCAGCGGAUAAGAAAAGGACAGGACCACGUCCAUGCCCUGUAUGCUACCUUCCGGUGCAAGAAGCCAUUGCCUUAAUGCCAAAUGCCUCUUCCUUUUCUCCUGUGGUCAAACAUUUAACAUAUAUUCAUGAAGAAAGUUUAACUAGAACUGAGUUUGGUGGCUCAAAAUUUGGUGGAUAUCCUUCUCUGAGGCAGAGGAGUGAUUCCUAUGAGAUAAGAGAGUCAAUGAAUGUGCAUUGUGGAUUUGUCAGAGGAAUUAAGCCUGGACGUCAGACUGGAUUUGAUAUUGAUAAUCCUGACCUCCUUGAGAUGGAGAAUUGUCAUGGGGUGGUUGUCGCAUCCGCAGUCUUUGGAGCCUAUGAUUUAAUACAACAGCCAAAGAAUAUUAGUGAAGCUGCCAGGAAUAAUGUUUGCUUCUUUAUGUUCGUGGAUGAAGACACAGAAGUAUUUCUGAGAAAUUCUAGUGAGCUCGAUAGCAGCAAGAAGCUUGGAUUGUGGAGAAUCGUUGUUGUCCGUAACCUUCCUUACACUGAUCCUAGACGCAAUGGAAAGGUUCCAAAGCUUCUACUGCAUAGGCUUUUCCCCAAUGUCCGCUACUCUCUUUGGAUUGAUGGAAAACUUGAACUUGUUGUGGAUCCAUAUCAAAUCCUCGAAAGGUUCUUGUGGAGAGAAAAUGCAAGUUUUGCGAUAUCUAGGCACUAUAGACGCUUUGAUGUAUUUGUAGAAGCCGAAGCUAAUAAAGCUGCUGGAAAGUAUGAUAACGCCUCCAUCGACUUCCAGGUUGAUUUUUACAAAAGGGAGGGUUUAACCCCGUAUUCUGAGUCUAAGUUUCCCAUUACAAGUGAUGUUCCUGAAGGAUGUGUGAUAAUAAAGGAGCAUGUCCCCAUCUCCAACCUCUUUACUUGUCUUUGGUUCAAUGAGGUCGACCGUUUUACUUCCAGAGAUCAGAUUAGUUUCUCUACAGUGAGGGACAAGAUCACAGCGAAGACAAAUUGGACUCUCAAUAUGUUUUUGGACUGUGAAAGGCGCAACUUUGUGGUUCAGGGGUACCACAGAGAUAUUCUAGAGCACUGGGCUCCUCCCCCUCCUGGUGGUACUAUUGCUGUUGUUCAUCCUCCACCAUCACCACCACCUAUUGGCAAAUCGACAAAUAAAACAUCAGCUGAGAUUUUUACACAAGGAAUUGAAAUCACUGCAAUUAGGAAGAUCCCAACAAAGCGUGGAAGAGAGAAGAAAUCCAGCUCAAAGCGUCACCGCAAGGUUGCUGCUGGUAGUAGGGACAGAAGUUCAAGCUAAAAAUUGUCUAGCCAAAUUUUUAAUUUUAUUUUCCUCCCCUGUUUGACAGGGCUGGGAAUAUGUGCAAGUUAAGUGUUGUAGUUGUGUUUCAACUCACUACAGAUUUUGGGAAUUCUCAAAUUUAUCCAUUUUUUGUUGUAUAUAUAAUCAAGUUCCAAAUAAUUGUUGUUAACAUGGGUUACUGUAUUUUCCUCAUAUGUGGUAGCCCAUUUUAAUGUUUUGAAGGAAUAUUGUAUUGGAUCUCAAUUAUUCUAUUGUUAUGUUCACCUACUGUCGUCAAUGGAAAUUUAUUUCUUUAUUUUA